GGAAGAAAAGGAGGAGAUUUGAUUGACAUGCUUGAUACCCUGCGGAAUUGUUCGGCAUAGAAUGUUUUAUGUACUAGGUGAUGCCACAUACACACGGGUUAGGACUUUUGUCCUCCAUAUGCCAUAUCGAGGCUAUAAGUAUACACCCACUGAACCUAUUCAUUGAUAGUAGACCUCACAAAAACCACAACCCGUAAACGCACGGUUGACUACCAUCCCGUAUGCACAAAACGAAAAAAAAAUAAAAAUAAAAAAAAGAAAGGAGAGGGGACUACUGUUCAGACUUGUAGUAUGAGUAUGGUGGUAUGAGUUAUGGUAAGAUGGCCAGACCCAGACGGUACGAUGAUCCGAUUAGACUCCUAUCACAGGCCAGGAGUUCUCAUCGUACAGUCUGGCUUUACUCUGAUUUUGCGAUUAAGCUUGCUUUAUUAAAGCAAGCUACCGAGUGUGGUUUAAAAGUGUUGAUGCAAUGUGUAUGCGUUUGCUUGUUGACAACAACUAGCAUGUUAUGCGCCGUAAGACCAGGGUCGGUCUGGCUUCGAUUUGAUUGAUUUACCGCUCAAGGAGUCUGAACGGAUCAAGACAGGAUGGGGCUUUCUGUGCUGGUUAAGCGUAGAGUUGGUAUUGGAUGUAAUAUGGCGAGAUUAUCGACUGCUAGUUGCAGCCGCGGGAAGCAAGGCAAUUAGCUGCGCUGGUGGGUAAGCGUUCAGUGUGGUUUUGUGACCUGGUCUCGAGGAUUGACUCAUCAGUGAUAUACUUGGCUGCUAAUGGAGUAAUCAUACCAUGAUAGAUAGAAACCACAGAAAUGAAUCCGAGUACUGCAUUCUAAAGCCUCCUUCAUUCAAUCACUGCAUACAGAAUUCGCAGCAUCCGCACUUAUCCGUAAAGGGUAAUUAUAGAUGGUCGCGACGUCAAUCAUCCACUCCACCCCCGCAUCCGCAUGUUCCCAUAGCGACGAC